ACUCCUCAGUUACGACUUCACAACUUUAAACAUUAGAAAACGUCAUACACAAAUUAAAUUAAAUAAAUGAAAAACUUUAUAUCAACCUCCAAACAUCACACAUGUCAUUCCUAUAUUCAAUAACCAUACUUUUCAACCAUUAACCAUCAAUCGUGCCAAAGGGUCGUUACAUUUAUAAUAAUUACAAUCUAAAUCUUAGAUUAAUUAAUGGAUUAGUUGAAAUUUCUGACCUCGCCUUUUUUUACUAAUUCAACCUAUUAACCCAAAUCCAAUUUUCAUAUCCUCCUUCUUUCUCUCUCUUAUUUUCUAUAUCCUUAAGCAUUCAAUUCACAGUGUUGAACCAAAAACAACACCACCAAAAAAAAUGAGUACCUCUUUCUUUGAAUUCAAGAAACAAGCCUCUUUCUUUCUCAAAGAGAAAAUCAAAACUGCUAGAUUGGCUCUAACAGAUGUCACCCCUGCACAACUGAUGGUAGAAGAGGCAACCAAUGGAAAUCCAUGGGCUCCAACUACUGUGACCCUUAGAUCAAUUUCAAAAGCUGCUUUUGAUCUUGAUGAUUAUUCCAGGAUUAUAGAGAUUCUACACACAAGGUUGAUUAAAUUUGAGAAGAAGAAUUGGAGGGGUGCUUAUAAUUCCUUGAUUGUGCUUGAGCACUUGUUGACUCAUGGACCAGAAAGUGUAGCAGAUGAGUUUCAGUGUGAUAAAGAUGUUAUUAACCAGCUAAAUGGUUUUCAAUUUAUUGAUGAUAAUGGGUUCAAUUGGGGCCUAACUGUGAGAAAGAAAUCAGAGAGAGUAAUGAAACUGUUGGAAGAAGGAACACUUCUCAAGGAAGAAAGAAACAAUGCUAGAAAAUUAUCAAGAGGUAUUCAAGGAUUCGGAAGUUUCAAUCAAAAAUCGACUCCAGCAAGCGCCAUUCUACGCGAGAAAUCAUUGCCAACAACACUUGGUAGAUGUAACUCAGACUCAAACAACCAAGAAGAUCAGGAAAAGAACUCCUCUUUCAAAAUGAUGAAUAGUGUGAAGAAAAACAUGAUGAUAUACCAAGAUGAUGAUGAUGAUAUUGGGAACAAUCAACUGAUUCAGAAAUCUGAAUCAAGUUCUAAAGAAAACAUGGGAUGGAACAUGAAUGGAGAAUCACAAUCACUUUUGGAGUUAGGAGAGGAUGAUUAUUCUAGGAUGGGGAGGUUCAAAAUAGAAGAUGAUCAUCCCUUUAAUUCAACAACAGAAGUGCAUGGUACUGCAUCAUUGCUUUCUGCAAGAGAUGGAAUACUACAAGGAUGUUGAGUUUUGAAGUAAUUUAGAUUUGAGUUGAGUCAACAAAUUACUUUCAAAUGUUGUACAUGUAAUCAUGUAUGUGGUUUAUUAUUGUGUUUUUGGUAGAACCUUCCUUCAAUGGCUAUAGUUUAUUUUGGCUGAACUAUAAGAUAGAUAUUGGCAUGUAAAUUUACAAGUUUGCUCUGGGUAAGAACUUCUUACACCUGUUUAAAUGGAAAAA